AUGGGAGAUUUAUCUAGACAAAGAGAUUAUAUUGCAAAGUGUAUUAAGGUUAUUACACCUAAGUAUCAAUAUAAAGUACAUAAUAGCAAUAGAGGACCUAAACAUUCAUUUUCAUUCGAGAUUAACAAUAUUAAGCAUCGUAUCUGUAAAACAUUCUUCAAGAACACGUUGGCCAUUAAGAAUCGACCUAUUGCAUCUGUAAUAGCAAAAAAGAACCAAGCGGGAACGAUUGAAGAAGAAAAAAUGGGUAAACAUGGAAAACAGUACAAAAUAAGCUCAGAUAUAAUUAAAGGAAUAAAAAACCACAUAGACUCAAUCCCAAGAAUUGAAUCUCAUUAUGUAAGACAACAAACGACUCGUGAAUUUAUUGAUUGGGGUAAAAACCUUACAGAUCUUUAUACCGACUACCAAACACAAUGCUUGAGUGAUGGUGUUGAAGCUGCUAAAAUUCAUACAUAUAGAAAAGUGUUUAAUGAAGAUUACAACAUUGGCUUCACACACCUAAAAAAGACCAGUGCGAACUAUGCAUUAGCUUUAAAAACGCUGUUGAUAAAACAAUAG